UUGGAGACAUCAUCCGAGCUGUGUAUUUGCUGCGGAAAAGCUCAACACGCAAAGUGGUGUACACCUACACAAAGCAUAAGUUUCAAAUUAGAGUUAUAUUUAUAUAGAUAUAGCUAGUACUUCAUCCUAAUUUACAGUUUGUUGGCCAUAUUGGUUUCAGACAGCUUUUGUAUGGAAGCUUCAUCAAACGGACAUGGCUGCUCAACGUCCUAAACGUAACAAUUCCCCUAUAAAUUCUAAGUGUCAGCCAUUAAAGGCAACAGUCCCUUUGUCCUCACUUGUACGAACCACAAGUCCAACAAGACGAAGAACGAGUCCGUCAUCACCAGUACUUCCACCUGACAAAAGAAAUAGAAUAAGGAGGAGCCCAGAUGUCCAACCAAAUGAACAUAGAGCUCUUCUUUCCCCGUUGGGUUCUAAAGUGCAUCUGUUCAAGCCUGUGAACAAGAGCAAAGUAGCGAAAAAUAUAAUCAGACGAACAAACUCACUAGAAACACUUUCAAGUUCAUAUAUAAAUGGUCAAUGGCCACGAGAAAGUUCAUCCUCAAAUACACCUACAACGAGCCCUCCAAUAAUCUCAAAUAACAAAGCAACUCAGACACCAAUUCAAUGGGAUGAGAGUGCUAACGAAGAAACCGUACAACUCUCCUUAGAUCAAAGAAAAUCAUCUGCUAUAGGAGCUGCAGGAUCCAAAGAGAUAUUUCGUCAAUGUUUUCAACGUAACAAGCAGCAAUCCCAACCAAUCCAUGGAAAGCAAUCUCCUGUGCAAGGUGAUCAUUCUGCUGUCAGCCAAUACUACUCGACUGCAUACAUAGCAUCUAAACCAGUUGCAAUACCACAAGUCCCAUCUAGUCCAAAAUAUCCUAGCUUACAUACAAGGAGAAGUGUGGAAGGUCUCAAUAUAGAAUUAGAAGGAUUGGAUCUGGAUGCAAAGGAUGAAUAUGUGUUCGCUCGUACACCUCCCGAAGGUCGACGCCCACCUGUCCCAGGUAUUGUAGCAAAAAAUGUUGAUAUGCAUACUCAAACUUCGAAUGGUUGGAUCGACUCUAAUACUAGUAACACUCCAAACAGCACAAAAGAUAAGAGAAGCCAUUCACUAUCACCAUCCUGGCCAAGCGAGAACAUUUCACCAACCAAGGAGCCCACCACACCUAAUCGUAGCCUUUCCGCUGGUUCCACAGUCAGUGAAAGAGGAUCACCUGAAACCUCUUCAUUGGUUCCGAAGUAUGCUUCUUCUCCAAAGCCGAAUAAUUCAUUUUGGUUUGCUAGAGGUCCCCCAGAUGGUGCUGAGAAAAUUAUGUUGAGCGUCGAAGAUAUAGAAAGUGAUGCUAAGAUGGGGUGCAGCUCAUGUCCAGAUACAUCCAAAGUUACAAUCCAGUUUAGUAAGGACUCGCCUUUUUGUUCUUUACAAAUGGAAUAUCUGAAAAAGGUGUCAUAAGACAGAAAACGUUUCGAAAGACAGCCAGUAUGGAAUGUGAGGUGUAAACACGGAGUGGUAUGAAUACAUAUAUCUGAAUCCGAAUUUUUUUUUUGGAAGUAUUUAUUGUGUUCGAACGCACAGACAGUUAAUAUCAUAACUUAUUAUGUUCAGACAUUGUUCAUGAAUCAGUUUUUACAUAUAUACCUGGAAAAGUUUAAAGUGCAUUCAAACAUAUCACAAAAUAUAUGCUUUGCUAGACAUUGGAGAAGCUAAAGAGGUUAUAAAGUGGACAACACUUUGUUUUUAUUCUGAUAUCAACGUAUCCGAGUUUGACUGAUCGUGAAAAACGGACUUAUUCGUUAUGCCAUUAGAUUCUUCAGUCUUGCAAAUUGAAUAUAUUUCUGGUAUGCGCAUGAUACUGUGUUUUUGUUUCAUUUUUAUGAAGUUUAAAGUUUCUUGGUGUUAUAUACCAAAAAUAGCGUAUAUUAUAGGCACUGCUGGUUUUUAUUGAAAGAUUUUUAACUAUAAAUCCCCUACCUUGUACAUUUCUCGUUUGUUUUUAUAUCACCUUUUGAUCAAAUGGCUUACUGUUGGUGGCAUGAAGUGAUCAUACGGCCAUUAUGUGAAACAUGGUCCCUGUCUCUAUGUAUUACAGAUUAAAUGAAGUUGAGUAGACCUGCUAUUUUGAUCGUCGAAAUCGUUAGGGGUUAUUCGUGUCACCCUUUCAACUAAAUUUCUCAGAAUACAUCCAUAUUUUUCAGUAGUUAUUUUGGUCAAUUGAUAUAAGGAAAGUUUAUCUGAGCUUGUAAAUAUUAUAUAUGCAUUGUAUGAUAUAUGCAGUUUUAAAGUAGCUACUGAUCAUUGUUGUACUUGAUUUGCUACUGGCUUCUACAUCUUUAUUUAAAAACCCUUUGUUUAGUACUUUAAGGAUGACGAUGCUAGGGCGUAUGAAACUAAUAUAUACCACUCAUUGUCGGAUCAGAAAGAAUGCUAAAAAUUUUAACUUCGUUUCAACUUGUUGAUAGAUUGUUUACUAAAACUAGUUUCUAUCUUGUGAAUUGUGCACUAUCAAGUCCUUUUUCAAGAUUCCAAGAAGAAUUUUUCAGCUUUCAGAUUUCACACCAGAUAGCAUUGUAUAAUAUAAUUGUACAGUUGCUAUAAGAGAGACGUAUUAUCAUGUGUCGCAAGUAAACAUGUAAAUAGAAUAAUUUUCGUGGUACGAGACUGAGAAAUAGGACUAAAGUUGUGUCUGGAUAAAAUUUUCCAAUGUUUUACUAUGUUUAGUGCUUUUUGUUUUUAUUUUUUCAGUUAAAUUGUUAUUAAUAUUAUAUUAUUAUAGCCUUAUUUAUAUGUUAACUAUUAAAGAAAAGAGUUCUAAAUUAUGCAUGUAUACUAGAUGACAUUUCUGUACUCAAAUACAUGUACGGUUGACAAGAGAA